AUGGCGCCGCUUGCUCUAAAGAUCAAGGGCAACAAGUCAUUCUCGCCUUUUGCGAACUUAGAUUCCGAAGAAGACCUUUCAAAGACCUGGAGAGUAUGCACCAAAGUCAAAGACUCGCUCGAAAAUGGCUCUCGAUUGGAAAAUCUCUCAUGGCGUCUUUGGUUCAGACACCAUUUGCUUACCGAACGUUCCAAUGCACCCUUUCGUAAACUUUCUCGCACGACCGCUCGACAACUGGAUCAUCAGAAUUCGAAAUUGACGCCGUUGAAGGAUAGUAACACCACCACCAGCAAACGAGUCAAUCGUAAGGAUGACAAGCCUGAAGCUCAAGCUCCAUCUUGCAAAGUGCAGGAGACACAGGAACACUUGCAACAAGAAAAAGAACAGCAACCUCCUCCACCAGCACCAAUGGCUGUAUCAAUACCACAUGAUCAGCAGCAACCAGCACAGCAACCAGCACAGCAACCAACGCAGCAACCACAGCCAGCACAGCAACCACAGCAACAACCACCACAACCACCACCACCAGCACAGCAACAACCAGAGCCAUCUUGGAGCGCACAGGGACCUAGUCCAAUGACAAUGGAUGAUAGCAACAAUGCACUUUUACAGUCGCAACAACAGCAACAACAAUUACAAGGGAUUCAAAUGGCAUCCUCAGCCGCUAUCCAAAUACCUGAGCUAGGAGGUUAUGAUAGUGCCAGUAACCAGCAACAGCAGCAGCAACCACAAACCUUUGUACUUCACCAAUUUACAUCUGAUCAGGCCAGCGAUCAAAUUGUGGAAUUGGAUGAUAUCUUUGGAUCGCUUGGGAAUUUUCAGAAUUUCUUACCCAACAACAACGCUGCCGAUAACGGAUCUGGUAUCUCAGCACUUGCUCAAGCUAUUGCUCAUGGCAAUAAUCCAACACCAUCUUCAUCUGGUUUCAGCGCCCAAUGGACAUUUGAUAGUUUUGAUUCACCGGUCGAUAUUUAUUUUCCAUCUCCCGUUCCUCCAUCGUUGCCACAAUCUCAACAACAGCAACAACCACAACAACAGCAACCACAACAACAACAGCCAUCUCAAACAUCCAUGCAAUCAACCAAUACUACACAACAACAACAACAGCAACCAAUGAUGAUGGAUAAUUCGUCAUUUGCUAUGCAACAGCAGCAACAACAGCAGCAACAACAUCUUUCAUUUUCAGUUCCGACUAGUCCCGUUAUGGGAACCAACCGACAGCAUCAUCAGCAACAGCAGCAACAAUCACUCCCCAUCGCUCAUGGAAUGCUGAAACAAGGCACGUUUGGAUAUGUAAAUGGAAUGGGUGAUAAUCAGGCAUCCUCUUCAAUGCCACCACCACCACCAUCAGGUACUGCCAGACUUAUGAGCAUGCCAGGAUCAGUAGCUGGGUCACCUACUCAUUUGUAUCAUCAACCUCCUGCAAAUGAAUAUACACCUACUAUGUCUACUUCAGCAUCUACUGCAUCUUCUUCAGUAGCAAGUUCUACAGCAUCGCCUCCCACCAUGGCCAAUCCAAUGACGACUACUACUACUACCACAACCACCACUACUACGCCUUGUGAGACGAAUUUAGCACUCUCUUAUCCACCCAAUCAUGCUGAUAUGCAAGCUGAGCAACAUCCACAAACAACAAUGACAGUACACACUCCACCACCAUCAGCAUCAUCUUCAUCGGUUACAACCCCUACAACGACCAUGCCAUCUGCCAAUGAAAUGGUCUCAGCACCUACACAUGCACCACCACCACCACCCAAACCAAAAAAGCCAACGGCUGCAGCUACGAGUAGUGAUGGCAGUGGUGGAAAACCAAUUUGCAGCAACUGUGGUGCAACAUCCACUCCAUUAUGGCGACGAUCCGCCAAUGAUGAAUUAUUAUGCAAUGCUUGUGGUCUAUAUCAAAAGCUACACAAUGCUCCUCGACCCAAGACACUCAAGCCCAACAAUGGACGUAAGGAUUUACGAGAAGAGGAGGCUGCACAACUUGUUUGUUCCAAUUGCUCUACUACCACUACACCCUUAUGGCGACGUGACGAGGCAGGUUCCCCGUUAUGUAAUGCUUGUGGUUUAUACUUAAAGUUACAUCAUGAACGUCGACCGCUUUCGAUGAAGACAGAUAUUAUCAAGAAGCGUCAGCGAUAUGAAAGUGGUAGCAACGCCAAUGGUACACGUAAACCUGUCAACAAAAAAAUCAAGAGUGAUCAAUCGCCUAUAGCAACCGAGUCAUCAUCUACUCCUACUACUACCACCACCGCUACUACUCCUACUUCGACUACACCUGGCAUUUCUAUACCGCAAAAUAUUGCAUCAUCUUCAUCCAACCAGCAACAACAACAACAACGGCAGCCCAUCUUUUUGAACAAUAGUCAAUACACCAUGGGUGGUCAACCUGCUGCUGCUGCUACCAACAGCGCUCCUAGCACGCCUACUUCCACGACCCCUACCGCCACGCCUACCUUUGUGUACGUCACCCAACAACAACAGCAGCAGCAGCAACAACAGCAACAACAACAGCAACCAUCUAUUUCCAUGCAAUCCCAGUUUUAUUAG